AUGCAGCGAUCCUACCUGAAAAACGAUCCGUCAUGUAGUCCUGAGAUUUUGGCGCCCUCCCCACGGGCUCCCGCGAGCGGGUUCAUCGAAGAGGGUGCCUAUCCACCUACACCGCCCAACUACUUUACGAACUUUGACCCCCAAGACCCCCGCUACCUCUCCAAUCAGAACCCAUCAUCAACCUUCAGCCCGUCCAUGUCCCAUCUCUCAUCCAGCUCGGUUGUCAACCCAAACUCGCUCAUGCAGUCGUCAUUUGAUGCGAACUUUGCGACUCCAUCUUCACCCCCGAGUUCAUUUUCCCAUCGUCGCCCCAGUGUCUCUUCGUCGAUUAGCUCGUCAUCUACACCUUCGUCUCCGUAUGCGCUGGCGCUGACGCAGGCGCAAGGAAAUUAUUAUGGUGCGUAUGCUGGAGGGAGACCAGAUACGAGUUCUGCUUGGCAUGUUCCUCCCGUUCCACUGGCGAACACAAUGGAAGAGCCGGUUUAUACACGCCGUCAGGUCAAAGACAUGAUAGAUGUCGUCAGUGAAUGUUUAAUUGACACCAUGGAGAAUGUAUUGUCCCGCCCACAGGACAGCCCGCAUCAGGAAUAUGGCAAUGGGCAACUAAUCCAUUCAAUAAGGGACGAUGGCUUCCGCCAGACUGUAUUAUCGGAAGCUAUACCGCGGGCGUACUAUAGGAUUCAGUCAGCAAGCAAACCCAAGGUAUAG